UGUGAUUGUAAGCUUCUACUAGGUGAUAACGCUUUUUGAGGAAUGCAGUUUUUGUAAGACAACUUUUGAGGAACAGAUUGGUCAGCCUGUCGAGAAAGUGAGACGGCAGUUUGGCCAACACCCUUCAUGUGUCAUAUUUUUUGUCAACAAGUAACCCGCCCCCCUUCGUCAUUAAUGAUUAAAAGUGGAAUUAUUUAAUUCCCCAAUCACGUACGGACCGUAAAACCAUUAAAAAGUGUUCCACAGUGAGAUAGGAGUGUUUUUUUGAAGUGUCGUGUUUCGCAAAAUGUCCCUGAAGCCGCAGAACACAUAAAAACAUAUUGUAAAUAUUUGUCUAUAAAUAUUACACCGUCGUGAGAGGCAGUUAAAUUUUUAUAGCACGGGUCUAUAAUGACUUUGAACUGACGUAAAGGAAAAUGGCUUCGUCGGUGAACGCUGACACUAUCUCUGAGUGUUCGGAAGCCUCCACUUUGCUAGAUGGGAGCGUUAUAUCCACUGUGCCGGACAGGCACGGGUUCCUCGGGGGAUCCCAGUAUUCCCCGGAGCCCAGACAGGGGCCCCCGCCCGAGACCGUGCUGCGCAGGGAGAGGAAGUGGCUGAAGAUGCUGUCCCAGUGGAAUUUUUACAUGGAUAGGAACUACAGGAAGAUAAAGGAGAGGUGUAGGAAGGGCAUCCCAAUGUCCGUCCGGCCCAGAGCAUGGCUGUACCUCUGCGGUGGUAAACUCCUGAUGGACAAGGAACCCAACAGGUACGAGGACUGCUUGCGGGCCGACGGGGACCCCAAGUGCAUCGAGGACAUUAGGAAGGACAUCCACCGGCAGUUCCCGCUGCACGAGAUGUUCAGCUCAGAGGAUAAGCCCGGGCAACAGGAGUUGUUUAACGUUUUGAAGGCGUACACGAUCCGUUACCCCGAGAUCGGGUAUUGCCAAGCGCAAGCGCCCGUGGCGGCUUUCCUGCUGAUGCACAUGCCCGCCGAGCAGGCAUUCUGGUGCCUGGUGUCCAUAUCUAACAAGUACCUGGAGGACUACUAUUCGCCGACGAUGGAGGUGGUGCAGAGGGACGGGUUGAUUUUGCAAGGUCUGCUAAAGAAGGUGUGCCCGCCGGUGUACAAGCACCUGAAAAAGGUGAACGCCGAACCGAUGUUCUACUGCACCGAGUGGUUCCUCUGCGCCUUCACGAGGACCCUCCCGUGGGACACGUUGCUGCGGGUGUGGGACAUAUUCCUCUGCGAAGGCGUCAAGGUGUUGUUCAAGACGUCCCUGGUCAUCCUCAUAGGUUGUCUCGGGACGGCGAAGAGCCGGAAGCAAUGUCCCGGGCUGUGCGAGACCCUGGCCAGGCUGAGGAACCCGCCGGACGAUAUCCUGUCCGAGGAGAAUCUCGUUUAUAACGUAAACAGACUGGACCUUACCGAACGAGAUUUCCACAUGGAGCACCAGAAGCAGACGAAGCGCAUGAAAUUGGAGAGGGCGAACGGCAAUACGGACACCUUACGGUAAUAACGGUGAAAGCUCAAAGUGUAUAGUUGUUUGACCAAAAAACGGACAGUAUUCAACUAAUCUUUUUUAUCUAUUAUUAUUGUAAAUAGGGCCUACGGAACGGUGCCGAGGCUGGACGCGGGGUACGAGUAAAUGCCUUUGAAAUAAAUUUUUUAAUUCGCAGUUAACGAAACCGAACGGGAUGAAAAAAAUACCACCGCCACGGGAUGUUGUUUCGCGCAAAUUUUCUUCCGGUCUGCACAAUCCCGUAGGCUGUCGCGAGUAAAACGAGCGACAAUCUACAUUCGGCGAUGUUCCGAGGUUAGGGCGAACGUUAUCGCCAGAAUUGCAAGCGCACAACAAACAUGUAAAAUUCAUAACCUCUCGUAAAUGUUCCGCGGCGCGGUUUGUUAAUUGUUGAAUUUUUCCUUCUGUUUUUUUGGUUUUAAUUGAGUUUUUUUACAUCACGAGUCAAGUUUCCCUUAUUUAGCUAAAGAAAAAGUGUGACUCGCGUAUAAAGCAAUACGAUUCAUGUCUCGCAGCUUUAUUUUCCACAAAGCGGCUCUGCGUUGGUGAGAAAAGAACAAAAUGUCCGUUUUAUCUUGCGAGAAACAGAGUAGGCUGUGCUAAUUCAUAAAAAUAACAAUUGCAUCUGUUUAUUUUGACAGUUGUCAAAUUAUUGUAGCACAGCUUCUGGAAAACAGAGUAGGCUGCGCUAAAUCGUAAGAAUAACAAUUGUGUGCGUUUAUUUUGACAGUUGUCAAAAGAUUGCAGUACAGCUUCGGAAAAACAGAGUAGGCUGUCCCAAAUUAUAAGAAUAACUAUUAGUUUGUUUACUUUGACAGUUGUCGAACGAUUACGACGUAGUUUUGUGAAAAUUAUUAUUAUUAUUAUUAAAAUUGGUAAAAAAAAAUAACAAAACACCCGUUUUAUCUUGUUAAAGGCAGAGUAGGCUGUGCUAAAUCGUAAGACUAACAAUUGCGUGCGUUUAUUUUGACAGUUGUCAAAUGCUUGUAGCACAGCUUCGGAAAAACAGUAGGCAGUGCCAAAUUAUAAGAAUAAGUAUUACCUUUGUUUAUUUUGACAGUUGUCAAACAAUUUCAGUAAAGUUUUGGAAAAACAGAGUAGGCCGUGCCAAAUUAUAAGAAUAACUAUUAGUUUGUUUAUUUUGACAGUUGUCGAACAAUUGCAACGUAGUUUUGUGAAAAUUGAUUAAAAAAAAUAACAAAACACCCUUUUUAUCUUGUUAAAGACAGAGUAGGCUGUGCUAAAUCGUAAGAAUAACAAUUGCAUGUGUUUAUUUUGACAGUUGUGAAAUGCUUGUAGCACAGUUUCUAGAAAACAAAGUAGGCAGUGCCAAAUUAUAAAAAUAACUAUUACCUUUGUUUAUUUUGACAGUUGUCAAACGGUUGCGAAGUAAUUUUAUGAAAAUUGGUAAAAAAAUAACAAAACACCCGUUUUAUCUUGUUACAGACAGAGUAGACUGUGUUAACUCGUAAGAAUAACAAUUGCAUGUGUUUAUUUUGACAGUUGUCAAAUGCUUGUAGCACAACUUCUGAAAAACAGAGUAGGCCGUUCCGAAUUAUAAGAAUAACAAUUACUUUUGUCUAUUUUGACAUUUGUCAAACUAUUGCAACGCAGCUUGUGGGAAACACAGUAGGCCGCGCCGGAUUGUAAAAAUAACAAUCGCAUCGUUUUAUUUUGACAGCUAACAAACGAUUGUAGCGCAGCUUGCUUGAUUCCUCCGUUUCCUUCAUUUCGUUUAAUUUACUCGAAGAAUAAAGCAGGAUCCGUUCCGGUUUUGGGGAGAGCGCGGUUUCCGUCCGCCCGGUACCGUUCCGUACCGCAAACACCUACUUGUAUAGUCGUAGUUAUCCACUUUUUAUAUAAUAAUAUAUUAGACGGCAGUUAUUUUUUUCAAAGUUUUAUAUUAUAUUAUUUAAUACUAGGGGCACCUUUUAAGUUUAAAGUGUGCGGACGCAAGUUUUAAUUUGUUGUAUUUAUUUAUGUAACUUGUAAGAUGGCAUUUAUAAGGUUAGUUUCGUUUUAUUUUUUUCGGAAUCCUUUUUCUACUAUCGUUUAGUUUUUCAGUCCCGUUUGGGGUAAUUAGUUAAAAAAAAAAAAAUAAAAGAUCAACGAAAGCGGGGAUUGCGCGCAUUGUGCAAUCUUAUGAGGAGUAUUAACAGUGGGACGUAUGGAAAUUGUAUAUUUAUUUCGUGUUAUCUAAAUAAAAGAUAUAUUUAAAUCCAA